CUGUGCACAUGGGCUGUCACACAGAGCUGCCUGCCCGCGCGCCUUCCUCAGCCAGCCGCAGUGAGCCGCAUCCGUUAGCCUGGAUCUCUGCUCUGUCGGUGCGAUGCGCGAGUAGACGCUCCGGAGCUUCCCGAGUGCUUCCGACAUGGACACGAUCGGGGUGUCGUUCCUGGACCCGCUGGAGGACUACGAGCUGAUUCACAGACUCGGGAGCGGCACUUACGGGGAUGUGUUCAAGGCCCGCAACAUCAAGACGUCUGAACUGGCAGCUAUCAAGAUUGUGAAGCUGGAUCCAGGUGAUGACAUCACGUCCAUCCAGCAGGAGAUCACCAUGAUGAAGGAGUGCAAGCACAAAAACAUCGUGGCUUACUUCGGCAGCUACCACAGGAACACCAAGCUCUGGAUCUGCAUGGAGUACUGCGGUGGAGGCUCCCUUCAGGACAUUUACCAGGUUACAGGCCCUUUAAAGGAGAAGCAGAUCGCUUUUAUGUGCAGGGAAACCCUUCAGGGUUUGCAUCACCUGCACGAAACAGGAAAGAUGCAUAGAGACAUAAAGGGGGCCAACAUCCUUCUAACAGAGAGAGGAGACGUGAAACUGGCUGAUUUUGGAGUGGCUGUAGAAAUCAGUGCCUCUGUGGCCAAAAGGAAGUCUUUCAUUGGAACUCCUUACUGGAUGGCUCCAGAGGUGGCUGCAGUGGAAAAAAAGGGCGGCUACAACCACCUGUGUGACAUCUGGGCAGUGGGCAUUACUGCCAUCGAGUUAGCAGAGCUCCAGCCGCCCAUGUUUGACCUCCACCCAAUGAGAGCUCUGAUGUUGAUGUCAAAGAGCAGCUUCCAGCCUCCAAAACUGAAGGAUAAGAGCAAGUGGUCUGCAGGUUUUCACAGCUUUGUGAAGAUGGCUCUGAUUAAAAACCCCAGAAAAAGGCCAUCAGCCGAGACGCUGCUGCAGCAUCCGUUUGUGACCCAGUUGCUCACUCGGAACCUGGUGAUCGAACUGCUGGACAUGGCCAACAACCCUGAGCUGCACAGCCCCCUCACACACACCAUCGACGACAACGACCUGGAGGGCGCAGAGGUUUCUCCAGACAAGAUUCAGGCUGCAGAGAAACGGCUGCCUGUGCAGAGGACACUGUCUGAAAAACAAUUUGACCAGGUGAAGUUUGGACCUCCGCGGAGGAAAGUGACAGAACCGUAUCCUGGCAUGGGAUCCUGUGAUGAUGACUGGAGUUUGUCUGGAGAUGAGGACGCCUCACUGAGCCUGCUGGAAUGUGUGGAGCAAGCUCUGCAGAUGAGGAGUUUGACCAUUAGGAGGAGUCCAUCCACUGAGGGAGGGCUGAAGAGCGGCUUGAUGAGUCCAACAGCCUCCCUGCCGGCUUACAGCUCCCUGACGUCCAGCACUGAGGAGAGAGAUGUGAGGCCCAGCUGCACGCUGGGCCCUGAUGCAUCUGUUGCAGCUGAACCUGCAUCCUCUGCAGUUUUGGCCAGGUGCUCAGCCACUGAGGACAUCAGACAGCACUGCAGGGACUCCUGCCUGCCUGUAGAGGACGCUCUCAUAGCAGACAUGAGGCCGCCGCCCACUGCGGCCUCUCCAAGAAAAGAUGUGCCUCUGUCACCUGAAUGGAGCACGCUGAGGAGGAAGACCGAAGACUCUAGAGCUGGUUGUCAUGGACUCCCUCCCACCCCUCAGGUCCAUAUGGGAGCCUGCUUCUCUAAAGUCUUCAAUGGCUGUCCUCUAAAAAUCCACUGUGCUGCCACCUGGAUUUUCCCUAAAAGCAGAGAUCAGUAUCUUAUUCUCGGGGCAGAGGAGGGCAUCUACGUGCUGAACCUUAACGAACUUCACGAGGACACCCUAGAGAAGCUCGUGCCUCAGCGCUGCACGUGGCUUUACGUCAUGAACAACGUGCUGAUGUCUGUGUCAGGAAAGUCGUCUCAGCUUUAUUCACACAAUCUGACAGCUCUGUUUGAACAGAGGGGACAUCUGCAAAAGAAGCACAGCAACUUGUCUCUCAGCACAAACCGCCUGACUGAGAGGAUCAGUGCCAGGAAGUUUGCCAUAUCUGUGAAAAUUCCAGACAGCAAAGGCUGCAGAAGGUGUAGUGUAGCAAGAAACCCGUACACUGACAGUACAUUUCUCUGCGGAGCAGUUCCCUCUGGACUGGUUUUGUUGUUGUGGUAUGAGCCUCUGCAGAAGUUCUUGCUCCUGAAGCACAUAUCAAUCAGGUUAGCAGAAUCUCUGCCAGUGUUUGAGCUGCUGGUGGUGGCUACAGAUGAGUUCCCUCAGCUUUGUGUGGGGGUGAGGGAGUGUGGGAUGGAGACACCCCCAGCCAGCAGACAGCUCAUGUUUGAUAUCAUAGAGCUCAACAAUACACCCACAUCAGCACCAGACAGUGGAGGACUUCGAGCCAUUCAAGUAACACAACUGGAUCGAGACACUGUGCUCAUUGCAGUUGAGAAAAGUGUCAGAAUUGUGAACCUGCAAGGGCUUCCAUCAAAAGAGUUUACGGCUGAGUUGGUCUUUGACUUCCCCAUUGAAACAUUAGUCUGCUUACAGGAUAGUGUCCUGGCUUUCUGGAAGCAUGGCCUAAAGGGGAGGAGUUUUCACUCAAAUGAGGUGACGCAAGAAAUUACAGAUGAAAGUCGGAUGUUUCGGGUUUUGGGAACAAACAGAGACAUCAUCCUUCAGAGUAAGCCCACUGAUGACCCCUCCGCCUUAAGCAAUCUGUAUAUACUGACUGGUCACGAGAGCAGCUACUGAGAAACGGCUGGGACUGACAUCUGCACGAGUCUCUGAAGAAGAUUAUGGGUUGUCUCAUGACCUUGACGUGAAAAUGAAGUCCUCUUACACUGAUGACGUAGCAGCACUUCCCUACUGGACGCCCCAAAACCAUUCAAGAGACUUAUGUGCAUAACAAGGUUUUAACUGUGUUGCUUAGAAAGGUCACUGAUAGGUUUUUCUUUGCUAGCACAACUAGCUUUCAGAACUGCAGAAAAACUUCCCAACAGUAUGAACUUUGGAUGUAGAAUUUAAACCUAACCACUGUAACAUGGUGCACACAUUCUGAAAUCUUUGUUUAUGUUCAUGAACACCAUGGAUUGGAGCCUCAUCUUGUUCACGUGUCACAUUCAUUUCUGACUUCUUUAACAAAACCCUUUUCUCAUCUUUUUCACAGCGUCAAAGAGCAGGACACUUAUUUAUAGCUGCACUAAAGUGCCAAGUUUAUUAAAACAUGUCUGUAAAACUAACAUUAGUAAAAACAUUUCUUAAGAAUAAAGUACAAUAAAGUUGUUUAUUUUUCGCAAAAAAUACAAAAUCCACUACAAUAAAAUUGUGUGAACGAAUUGAUGUUAUUUUUGUGGAAAAGGGAUAUCAUAAAUGGUAUCUUUUCCCUAAAACAACCUUUAAAAAUGACAUACUUUACAUUUUAAUUUUUAUGUGCAUUUAAUAAAACAAUGUUAUUUUAACAAGUUAUGACUUUUAUAAAAAAAUAAAAUAAAAUAACAUGAAGGUUUAAUGUUUAACUUGUAUAUUGAUUUGUGAUUGAAAGUGUGAAUAGAUUUUUCAUAAAAAUAUUAACCGUUUUCUGUGAUUAUUUUAAAGUAAGAAUACACCCAAGCAGACCCUGGUCCAGGACAGAAACCACUCUCUGAUCUGUCUUUUGAGGUGGUCUUGGUUCAUUUCCAAUCAGACUGAGCUCCAGCUCUGAGUUUCCUCAGACUGAAUAGGCUCUGUGCUCGGAGUGGAACAGCUGAACCAAGCAGCCACAGGAAUAUAUAGCCGGGUAUUACGGGAUGUAAACAGAGUAACGGAGCAACAACAAGACACAUCAACUCAUUAAAAUGCGGUUGGAUGAAUGCAGACUCAUAAAUAACUUCUAAUGUGAUCUUCUCGUACUGUUUUUCUGACAGUCUCUGUCAUAAACACUUAUCAGUGUAUUUUCUUUAUAGUCUUCUCAGUCUUGCAGCAUGCCUCCACCGUACCAAAGCAGCAGUAAAAGUGUUGAAUCUGAUGUUAAUACAGACAUCCAAAAUGGAAUACAAAGUUUGAAUAAAUGAACUAUUCUGAUAAGGAUUACAAAGCGUAGGACUUCCAUUAUUCUCUCAUUGCUUUGGCCCGCCCUCUAAAAUUUUGGCCAAUUUCUAAAGAGAUCUUUAGUGACAUGUUUUUUUUGUUAUAAGAUUUGGUUCAAAACUGAAAUCUCUGGUUGUCAGGAGUCAGAGUUCUCUAUCCCCCUCUGGUGACCAGCGGGAGUCGUCUCCAGAGUAUUAAACACUACAUCCGUCAAAAAUCCCAUAAUCGGACACCCAAGGAGGUGCACUCUGAGAUCUAGAUAUAUACAAUUUAUUGAAGCUCAGGUGGUGGCAAGGCAAAGCUGUUGGGCAAGAGGUCUAGAAGAAGACCAAAGAGGAGGUGUAUGGAUGUAGUGAAUGAAGACAUGAAGGUGGCUGGUGUUAGAGUGGAGGAUGCUGAAGACAGACUUAGAUGGAGGAAACUGAUUCGCUUUGGCGACCCCUGAAGGGAAAAGCCCAAAGGAAAAGAAGAAGAAGGUGGUGUGGAAAUGUUACUGCAGGAUGCACAAGAGAGUCUGUAACGGAAACGCAAGAAAGUUGUUGUAGGUCAGAUUAAGGGAUCAAUGCACAGGCGUAGGUACUCAACCUCCAGAAAAAGUCUCAGGUUAAGGAGAGUUGACUCUGGAGAUGUCAAUGUGGAGAUUGAGGGUAGCGGGUAAUCUUUGUUAAAUCCAGGCCUAGGUCAUUCACGUGGGAUCUAUUCCAGAUGAGCAACACAUUAAGGGGACAGACUUGAUUUAACAUCCAGGAGCAGAAAAAGAGUCAAAGUCAGCAGGACAGGCUUCAGGAGGCUUUGACAAAGCAGAAAGUGCAACGUGGAUGAAAAGGAGAGAAACUUAAGUCCUCCAGGGCCUAGCUGUGUGUGGAAUCAGCUAUUAGGAGUGGGCAGGUAUGGAAAGCCAAUAAGGCCAAAAAAACCUAGAGAUCCUGGCAACAUCUACCAGCUGCCCCAGCGCACAGCCCCCAGAUGUCGCUCACCUGACUCUCAUCGACAAUCACCCACAUGAGACUUAAGCACUGCACAGAGCCUCGGUCAGUGCGAAGUAUUGUUUGUGUCACUCUGCCUGCAUACUGAGCGUCAUAUCCUGACUUGGCUUCUUAUAUUUCUGAUCCUGAUUCUCAGCUGACUCUUUCACUGUCUGCUGCCCCACGCUGGAUCUCUGACUACUCUAACCUACUCUCUGAUAUUGUUAAGCCAGUGCCUGACCCUGCUUUAGCUUUAAGGACUUUUAGCUGUGCUUGAGUCCUGUCUUUUCUAAUAGACCUGCUGCACGUGGAACCAGCCGUCUGCCCGUUUGUGACACUAGUAGAUGGCAGUCUGAGUACAGACCAAACUCAAGAUUCAGGACUCAAUCCGGAUCAAUGGAUUUUUUCAGUCUGAAUAUACCAUUUAAACCAGUUGAGAAAAAGUAUGAUUAAACACGUUUUGAUGCAAAGUGUAAAGGUUGUCCAUAUGUUUAACACAGUUUGAAAGAAAUGUUUAUUUCUAUCGUAUUAAACAAAUACGAUAAGCUUUUAUUUUGACAUUGCCAAAGGACCGGAUGUAUUUUAUUUUGAAGGCGAGUUAUAUCCUUGUGAGAAACGGAAGCUUGACCGCGAAAGUUACGAAGAAAACGUGUAUUACAAGGUGCAUAAAGCUAACGAUCAAAGGACAAUUAUGAACUUUAGCACCAGUCGAAAGUGGUAACGAGGUAAACAAAAGGUUGAUUUUCCUUGAAGUUUAUUUACUGCAAAUUUGAGUUAAUUGUAAUUUUGUUCUUUUCUGUUUACUCUGUAAAGCUCUUACGUUGGCUUAUUGUGGUAUCGAAGAAUUCACGGAAUAAACCACUUCAGACCACCA